CAACGACUCUCCCAUCUAUGCCAUUCAACACCUUCUCUUUACUCAUUUUCUCUCCUUUGUAACUUUUUCUUUCCAAGAAACCAAACAGAACUAUUUUCUUUUCUCGAACCUUUACAAGAUUCCUGGAAUUUGAAUUCCCAUCUCUAAACAAUGAAGAAAUCUGGCAUCUUUGCUGCUUCUGUAGCUGCAGCUUCUGCUACUGCCGUAUCUGCUUCCUCUCCAUCUUCUAACUCAAGCUUUAGCUUCAGUUCUAAGAUGCAGCUUUCUCAUGAGGAAGCUAGAUCAAGCAAAGAUCAAGAGAGAUCAUCUUCAACAGAAAAAUUUGCACCAAGAUUUGAUGGAUUGAAGUUUAUUGAGACUCUAGUCACUGCUCAUAGAUGAAAAUUUCAGAAUCUCCUCGUGGCUUUAAAGCUCCAUCAUCACUGAUUUUAACUGCUCAUCUUUUCUUUUUCUCUUUUUAUAAGAAAAAGAAAGAGAAAGAAAAAUAUUUUAGUUAAAGAAAGUCUUGACUUUUCUUUUUCUGUUUUUUUUGGGUUUUCUCCGUGGAUAUGAUUAGCCGAAAACUGCAAUGUUGGAGUCAAGUUUUGUGACUGUGUUCACACUUAAGAAUAUCCCUUUUAUGUUUAAAGAUUUUGUUUUUGACCAUUUCUCUUUUUAUUGCAUCACUGAGCUGCCACAUGACAGAAAGUGAUUGGGUAUUAGAGGUUUGCCCAAUUCAAAACCUAAUGACAACAUGUUCUAUAAUUAUCUGUGGCCAUUUCUAAGUUAGUAGACAUGUCUUUUUUUUAUUUUAUUUUAUUUUAAUCAUCUGUUAUUCGAAAUUUAUUGCCGGGCAUACUCAAAAAGGGAAUAAAAUGCUCCCUCGGACUCUAUGUUCAAGACUCGAAAAAUAUAUUUUUGCUAUUACAUCUCAUCUCGUCUCACGGGAGUUAGUAUAUAUGUCUUUUUUAUGUCAUAAACAUGUGUCUUACAAGGACAGAGAAAAGCAAAAUGUAUCAACCCAUGUGGGAGUUGUAAUGAAAUAUGAUAAUGUGUACAAAAAUUGAGUCUUUUUUGCUCAUUUGGUGUAAAAUUGAGAUAAUAAUUGCACAAAAAAGUUAAUUCUUAAGUAAA